GUGUUUUUUCUUCCCCUGAUUUGGUAACAUGCCAUUCAUUCUCUUCUUUCUUUUUACACCCCAAGCAUUGUACUAACUUUCUGUCUCUAUAAAAAUGUAUAGAUAUUCUUUCUCUAACAUGUAGAAAAAUACAUUUUAAUACCUAUGGUGAUUCAGAGAAAAGGGUUGGUUUCAGAUUUUUUGUUUAUUAAAAAAGAUGUACAGUUUUUCUUGUUCUUAUACUCAAUAAACAUGAUUUCUUCAACUUUCAACCUUUUAGCUGAUACUGUGGUUUAUUUUCUGGGUUUAGGGUUGCCACUUGAUGUUUUUGAGGUAGUGAAAAUGGUGAGGCAAAGGAUUGAGAUCAGGAAGAUCGAUAACUUGACGGCCAGGCAGGUGACCUUCUCAAAGAGACGAAAAGGGCUUUUCAAGAAGGCUAAAGAGCUCUCAGUUCUCUGUGAUGCCGAAGUAGCUCUCGUUGUUUUCUCUGCAACUGGAAAACUCUUCGAGUAUGCCAGCUCAAGAAAGCACUCUUCUGGUGUAGAUUUUCUGUAA